AGAAAAGAAGAAAAAUGGCGGGUGUUGGAGAGCACGAUCGCGUUCGUCUUCCACUCGCUAACUUCGCGGUCUCCGUCGCCGCCGGAAGGCCGCGACAGUGCAUGUACGGGGCGGCGGACGGGAGCAAAGGUGGGGGUUAGGGUUUCUGGGCGGCUGGGGAAGGGUGAUUCUGCCCCUUUCCAGGGGAGAAGAGAAGAGACGAUGAAGUUCGGGAAGGAGUUCGGCACGCACCUGGAGCAGACGUUGCCGGACUGGCGCGACAAGUUUCUCUGCUACAAGCCCCUCAAGAAGCUCCUCAAGCAGAUUGCCGUUGCCGACCCUGCUGGCUCGGCCGGUUUCUACGACGGCUUUAACGUCAACGGUUCGGCUUCCCCCGUUCCCCGGUCCGCCUGGAAUGGCGUUGAGCCCGGGCAUAUGUUGGAUGGGCUCGGAGGCGACGGAAUUAGGGUUUCGACUCUGGAGGAGUGGUUCGUGGGCCUUCUUGAUCGCGAGUUGGAGAAGUUCAAUGACUUUUACGUUGAUAAGGAGGAGGAGUUCAUCAUUCGGUUGCAGGAACUCAAGGAAAGGAUUGAAUGGCUGAAACAGAAAACUCAUGAUAACGGUGAUUUGACGUCUGAGAAUGAGUUCAGUGAAGAGAUGAUAGUCAUCAGAAAUGACUAUGUUGCCAUCCAUGGGGAAAUGGUACUUUUGGAGAACUAUAGCUCCCUUAACUUCAUAGGUCUUCUGAAAAUUUUGAAAAAGUAUGACAAGAGAACAGGGGCACUAUUGCGCCUACCAUUCACACAGCGUGCUCUGCGUCAACCAUUCUUCACCACGGAGCCCCUUACCAGGCUUGUCCAUGAAUGUGAAGACAAUCUUCAACUUCUUUUCCCCCUGGAAGCAGAGAUUGUUGAACCUCAGACGCAUGCUGAGCAGACUGAUAACUCGAACCCCACCGAGGCUGCGGUAACUCUUCAUGGAAACACCAUUGAAAUUUACCGGAGUACUCUGGCAGCAAUCAGGACAAUACAAGGGCUGAGAAGAGAGAGUUCCACUUACAAUCCUUUGUCUUUUGCGUCCGUUUUCCAUGAUCAGGACGAUAAUGAGUCUCGAGCUACAACAGCUGAAAAUUCCGUUUCCGGCUCAUCAACGGUCUUGCAGAAUGAAGAGAAAGACCAAGCGGCGUCAUUUCCUGUAAGCAAAGCUGAUUAAAACGUGGUGGCUUGUUUUGCUUUCAGCGGAGAGGGUGAAUGUUACAUGAGAAUAAUUAGAACUUCUACGAAAUGCGUAGCCUGCUUGUAUAAAGCUUUGUAACAGUAUUUCCUAAUAAAAUCUCCACGGAACUUAACUGGUACUUUUUACUGUUAGCAAUAAAAGUUCAACCGACGACUCUGAGCCGCUUUGUUCUGAAGAGGCGAUUUCUUUGAGAUC